AUGGCAAGUUUGCAAAAGUACAUUUUAACACAACGUCCAGAAAAUACCGUAAAAAAAAGAGAAUACGACCUACACGUUUGGAAAAGAUUGUUUCUUAAGUUGGGCGAGGCCAGGAAACUUGAAGAAAUACCGGCAGAUGAGCUCAACAUCUUGAUAUGUUAAUUCUUGAUGGAGAUAAAGAAGAAAGAUGGCGGAUCGUAUGAGCCGGCAACGCUAUAAUCAUUUCAAAGAAGACUGCAACGAUAUCCAAACGACAAGAACUCCAAACUGAACAUUCUUAAAGACCGAGAAUUCCUUAAAGAACUAUCCAACACCGAAGAAGAUUUGUUGUUUCUCACGGGUGAAUUCGGCGCUGAAAACCCUGAAGCCCUCCGACGCACAGUUUGGUGGUUAUUGGCACUGCACUUUGGAUUCCGUGCCCGAGACGAAAGCAGGAAACUGAAAUGGGGCGACAUUGUUCUUCAAACAGACAACGAAAUGGGAAAGGAAUUUCUGAUUUGGAAAUCAGAAAGAGGAUCCAAGACCCGCCGCGGCAAUGGUGAUAAACGAGCAUUUAAUCCAACCACGCAGGCAACAAACAACGAACUUUGUCCAGUUUUCUAUUACAAGGAAUUCAAGAGUCACCGUCCAGAAGAAAUGAAUAGCGCUGACAGCCCGUUUUACUUGGCCAUAAAUUAUCGGCGACGACCUGGCAGCAACGUCUGGUACAUGAGAGCACUACUCGGCAAGAACGAGAUUGAUAAGCUGAUGAAAACAGCUGCGCAAUCAGCAGGCCUGCUGGGAAAUUUUACCAACCACACUGUUCGAAAGACUUGUUUAUCUCGCCUGAUGCACGCAGAGGUUCCCGUAAAUUACGUCGCUCAGUUAAGUGCGCACAGAAAUUUAAAGAGCCUCGAUUCUUUCCAAGCAGCGUCCGCAGACCAUCAGCGGAAAAUGUCCUUCAGUUUAAGCCGCUCCGGCCAAGAAAGUACUCAGACAUCGACA